AUGGCUCCGAAACGCCCCAACUUCCUCGUCGUGGUUGCGGAUGACCUUGGCUUCUCGGACAUCGGCUGCUAUGGCGGGGAAAUUCGCACCCCCAAUCUAAACCGCCUGGCUCAGCAGGGCGUCCGGUUUACGGAUUUUCAUGCCGCUGCUGCAUGCUCGCCCACUCGAGCCAUGAUUAUGACUGGAACGGACCAUCACAUCGCCGGUCUGGGAAACCUCGUCGAAUGGACCAACAUUUCCGGCCAGAACGGCCCUAAGGGCUCGCAGAUGAGUACUGCCCCACAGCGCGGCAUGCCUGGCUACGAGGGUUACCUGAAUGAGCGCGUCGCCACACUCCCCGAGGUCCUCCGCGACGCGGGCUAUCACACCCUCAUGUCCGGGAAAUGGCAUCUCGGGCUCACGCCGGAACGCGCCCCCUCUCAACGUGGCUUUGAUCGCUCUCUCGCCCACCUCCCCGCUUGCUCCAACCACUACGCCUACGAGCCUCAGCUACAGGACGCUGACGAAACUCCCACCUUCCUUGAGGCGAGCUACAUCGCCCUGCACAUGGAAGACGAUCAGUACGUCAAGAAACUCCCGGAGGGGUGGUACUCGUCGGAUGGAUACGGGGAUAAGAUGCGUCAGUAUAUCCAGGAAUGGCACGAUCGGAGCGAUGACCGUCCGUUCUUCGCGUAUUUGCCUUUCACGGCCCCGCAUUGGCCCCUCCAGGCCCCUCGCGAGUACAUCGACCAAUACCGUGGCGUGUAUGAUGAUGGCCCGGAGGCCCUCCGUCAGAAGCGUCUCGAACGGCUGAAGGCCCUCGGGAUGAUCCGCGACGAUGUUGAGGCGCAUCCCGUCGACGCGGAGGAAGUCAAGCCCUGGGAGGAGUUCACGGCUGAGGAGAAGAAGUUGUCCUGCACGGCCAUGGAAGUCUUCGCGGGAAUGGUGGAGUGCAUUGAUGCCAACGUUGGCAAGGUUGUCGAUUAUCUGACUGAGAUCGACGAGUUGGAUAACACCUUUGUUUGCUUCAUGUCUGACAAUGGCGCCGAGGGGGCGGCCUAUGAGGCUUACCCCAUGGUGCAGAGCGGGGUCAUGCCUCAUCUCCAGAAAUACUACGACAACUCACUUGAGAACCUCGGCAACUACAACUCCUUCAUCUGGUAUGGCCCGCGGUGGGCGCAGGCCGCCACUGCACCGUCCAGGCUGUACAAGGCCUUCACGACAGAGGGCGGAGUGCGCGUGCCUUUCCUUGCACGGUUCCCGUCCAGUGUCACGGCGGGGGAUCAUGUCCGCAAUGGCGGGAUCACGGACCAGUUUGCGACAGUGAUGGACCUGGCGCCGUCGAUUCUUGACAUGGCGGGCGUGACGCACCCGGCACCGACGUAUCAGGGGCGGGAGAUUGUACAUAUGCGCGGCAAAUCGUUCUACCCCUGGGUUGCGGGCGAGAAUGCGCGGAUCCAUGACAAAGAUUUUGUCCAGGGGUGGGAGACGUGCGGGCGGGCGGCACUGCGGUUUGGGGACUGGAAGAUUGUGUAUAUCCCGAAGCCGAAGGGGCCGGAGCGGUGGCAGCUGUAUAACCUGGUGGAGGACCCGGGAGAGAUCCAUGAUCUGGCGGAUCAGCAACCGGAUCGGCUGGCGCAGCUGCUGAAGCUCUGGGACCAAUAUGUGAUCGAGACCGGGGUGAUCCCUUUGAACCCGGAUCUCGGCAAUUUCUUGGAGGCGACGGAGGCGCAGAUGCCGGAGAAUGCGUGGAUGGAGUAUGACUAUUGGAAGAAGGGGGCGAGGGAUGAGCCCGAGAAGUUCAUGAGAAAGCCCCCCCGGUUUCAGCGGGUGGUGAAGCAGUUUUAGCUGGCUGGCUGGCGAACUCGAUCCAAUCCAAUUCAUGUCUCAUUCAUUAGUCUUGGUGAGCCUGCCCUGUUACGGUAGCUAUGUAGGUAUUUGC